AUGCCUGUCAACAUCCUCGCCCAAGUGUUUAACGAAGGCUUAGGGUCUGUCCCUUACGGCUGGGAGAUAGCAAAGGGUAUAUCUGUCUUCGCAGUGCUCUAUUUGCUGAAAUGGUUCUUCAAUGGCGCCGUCAACGGUUCGGAGCGGAAUAUGCAUUCCAAGGUGGUCAUGGUGACAGGAGGGACAGCUGGUAUAGGCGCUGAAGUAGUCAAAGGCCUUGCCUCUCGUGGCGCACAGAUUGUUCUCCUUGUCCAACAACCCCUCUCCGACCCCUUCCUCGUAGACUACAUCGAAGACCUGCGAUCCCAGACGAACAACGAACUCAUCACCGCUGAGAAUGUCGACCUCAACUCGCUUCACAGCAUACGACUGUUCGCGACGAAAUGGGUCGACAAUGCACCACCGCGCCGUCUCGACAUGAUAAUCCUGUGUGCAAACACAAUGACACCAUCUGGAGGCAAAGCAACAGUGACAGAAGACGGCCUAGAGUCAACAUGGGGGUUGAACUACAUGGCCAACUUCCACCUCCUGAGCAUCCUCAGUCCCGCACUACGCGCCCAGCCGCCAGACCGAGACGUACGCAUCAUCUUUGGAACAUGCAGUGCAUACAUGGCCGGUAAACUGCCAGACUUCGGCUCCAAUCCAAGUGCAAAGAACGCGAAGAAGGACGCUGAGCAGAUCGACUUCACACCCUCAACCGUCUAUGCAACCUCCAAGCUCGCUGUCAUGACCUUCGCCGUUGCUUUCCAGAAACACCUUUCCAACUACGCUCGCCCUGACAAAAAGCCAAUGAAUGCACGCGUCAUCCUCGUCGACCCAGGCUGGACACGUACGCCCGGUAUGCGCCGCUACCUCACCUUCGGCUCGCUCUGGGGCUUGAUCAUAUACCUCAUCAUGUGGCCUGUAUGGUGGCUGCUCCUGAAGAGCGCCGAUCAAGGCGCGCAGACGUUCCUAUACGCGGCUAUGGAGGCGCAAUGGGGAAGGGGCGAAGGAGGGUACUUCUUGAAGGAAUGCAGAAAGGUUGACUGGGUACGGAAAGAGAUCGCAGAUGAGGGAGUGCAGAAGAAGCUCUGGGAGAGUAGUGAGAAGACGAUCGAAGUGUUGGAGAAGGAAGCCGCGAAGAAGCGGGCGGCGGAGAAGAAGGAAGCGGAGAAGGCGGAGAAGAAGGAUGGGAAGAGUACUGCGAAAGAGAGCAGUGGUGAGGCCAAGCAGAGGAAGGCAAAAUAA